UAACUAAUCAAACUUUUCUUAAUAACAUAACCUAUGUAAAAAAUUUAAAAAUAUUUUUUGGUUUUGCACGAACUAUGACUACAAUAAAGUCUCCAUUAUCGUUUGCUAUAUUAGGAAAAUGUGGCUCUUCUAAAGCUCGAGUCGGAAAGAUCACAUUACCACAUGGACCGGUUGAUACACCUGUGUUUAUGCCAGUUGGCACUCAAGGUACACUAAAAGGGAUGCUACCCGAGCAACUUAAAGCUAUGGGAGUUCAAAUUCUGUUAGCCAACACAUAUCACUUAGGGACCAGACCGGGUGUAGAUAUUUUGCUUAAAGCCGGUGGACUGCAUAAGUUUAUGAACUGGGAUGGAAACCUUCUCACUGAUUCAGGGGGGUUUCAAAUGGUCUCCCUUUUGAAAUUGGCAGAGAUAACAGAACAAGGGGUUAAAUUCGAAUCCCUAAAUGAGCAAAAAGAUCAAGUGAUGUUAUCACCUGAACAUUCCAUUGAAAUCCAAAAUGCCAUUGGGGCAGACAUUAUUAUGCAGUUAGACGAUGUAGUGAAAACAACAGUACCCGACAAAGAAAGAAUAGAAGAGUCAGUUCACAGAACUACACGAUGGUUAGAUAGGUGUAUUAAAGUACAUCAAAAUCCCUCUACACAAAAUAUAUUUCCCAUAGUACAAGGAACACUCUACCAGGAUUUGCGCAAGAUAAGCAUUGCGGAUCACAUUAAAAGGGAUGUGAAUGGAUUCGCAAUAGGAGGGCUAAGUGGUGGUGAAAGCAAGGAUGACUUUUGGAAAAUUGUCCACUUAUGUACUGACCUAUUGCCUAAAAACAAGCCCAUUUACUUAAUGGGGGUCGGAUUUGCUACAGACCUUGUUGUGUGUUCCGCCUUGGGUGUCGAUAUGUUCGAUUGCGUUUUUCCAACAAGGACUGCUCGGUUUGGCUGUGCUCUCACAAUGGUUGGCCAAAUCAAUUUGAAGAAGAAACAGUAUGCCACGGAUCUGCAGCCAAUCGAUAAAGAUUGUGAUUGCAGUACUUGUAAAAAUUACACAAGAGCAUACUUGCAUGGUAUUGUGACUGACCUGCCUGUGGCUUGCCAUUUGAUUACCGUCCAUAAUGUAGUUUUUCAAUUGAGAUUGAUGAAAACAAUCCGGGAUAGUAUUCUGAAUGGGACGUUUGUCGAAUUUGUCCAACAAUUUAUGCUGGCAAUCCAUCCUGAUAGAGACUACCCCACCUGGAUAAAAGAUUCCUUAACUGCUGUAAAUAUUCCCUUAUUAUAACAAUGGCUUGGUUUUAUUGCGUAUACGCAUAUCACUAGCUAGCCUAGUCUCUGUAUCAUUCCAUAGAUAAGUAUCAACCAGCAACAGUAUUUUCUACCAAAUAUUUAAUUUGUACCUUUUUUGUAGCUUUUACAGUUAUAUAGUUUUACCUCGAAUUAACAAUUACUAGUCUCAGAAUGGACCUUAUCUCCAUUGUAAUUGUAUCCAGUUACCUUUAUGCGAACUUUUAUUUAUUAUUUGGGUUAUAUUUGCUGGUAAAUUCAUACUAUUUAUUGUAUUGAUGUGAAUGUUUUUGGAGUAAUAUAACAUUAAAAGUA